CAGGAGAGGAGAUGAUGGGAUCGUCUUUCUUUCUGGUACCGUACACCGACUACGGUAGAAGGGUACACAGUGGUGGAUGCUGCAUGUGAGCAACGCUGACACUCGCCACAAACAAGGGAAGGAAUCGGAUACCGCAACUUGUGUUUGCAACUUUCUUGCAAGGAAUGCCGCCACCGAAAUCGAAACCGAGGYGUCGGAGACCUGUCGCCUCGCUUUUGCCGCGAACCUACCGUGUCCUGGCGGUUGCGUUCUGUGUGGUCCGGUCCGGAAUCCUGCCCGCGAAGUUCGGUCAUGCGUUUGUCCCGCUGCCCACCCGCGUCGGGGGUUGGUCGAAGCCAGAGGCCCUUAAGACACCGAUCUCCCCCACRGAACUUGGAAUGGCGGCGGACGGCGAUCGAUCUUCGGUUCCAACGAAUCGGUUCUGGAACCAACUGGAAUCGAUGGUCUUUGGUUUCCUGGACGAGGAAAGCGGAAACGAYGACCAAAACGGCGGGGAAAACACCGAYGAUCCCCGGUUGGUCCUGGCGGAAUGGAACAGCCUGUUGGAAUGGGUCGGCGACGAAAACGAACGAAUCGCAAGGGUGGAAAGCCUGACGAAUUUUCUGGAGGUCUGGGCGAGGCUGACGCUCUCGGACGACAAGGGGCUAACGACCCCCGUCUCGUGCUCCAAGUUCAAGGCCACCGGGCAGCAAACCAAAAAAGGUGCCACCGCGACGAGAAGGGGCACCGUUUCCUCGUCGCCACCGAUCCCUGUCGCCGACCCCCCGGAGCAUGCAGAGCAUCUAGAACAGCAACAACGCACCAUGAAGCUGGUGUUUCGGCCGCCGAAGCGGUACCUCAGCUACAAGGAGCAAAAGUCCAUGGAAAAGGGCGUUCUGCCAGACCGAAAGGGCGCCAAGGUCGAUGCCUGGAGCCCGGGUGGGGUCGAAAUCACGGUCACCACUACCACCACGAAAACCACGACACCGAUGGAUAGAUCCUCUCGCAAACAAGCCCCUACACUACACGACAAUCCUAUCGGUCGCCACGGAGCGGAAGCGGAAACCGAACAACAAACCGAACAACGCCACAAACUCGGCGUUGUGGUUCGCCGCUGCGACAUCGAUGGAGAUACGGUCAUCAAAAAAACAACGGAGCGGGCCAUUGUCCGGCGACUGGAAGACGCUCUCCGGAUCUGGAAAAAGAACAAUGCUUUGAAGCAGCAAGAGAGGCAGCACCGGUGAUCCUUCGGGUCUCGCCACGCUCUUUCCUUUUGGAAUUUCCGCUCUAUCCUUGGGGGGAAGCAGAAAGCCGGGAAACAACGCACGAGAUUGCGUUGAAAAACGACUGAAAACCAGGGAGGACGGCAAUGGGAGCAGACGAUGGGUGAAAAAACGACUGAAAACCAG